UUUUUAGUCUUGCUUCUUGCCCUCUUGUUUCAUAUUAGUUUUAGACUAACUUUAGAGAGAUAAGUUCUUUUGAUGUGGCGUCACCAAGGAGACAGUGGGAGGAGUCCUGUGAAGUUUUACCCCAGGAGCUCAUCUAAGACCGACCAAAAGAAAAGAUUUGAGAACUCCAAAGAAAAGACAUGUGCGCCAGUGAGAGCCAGCUGUGGCCGAAGUCAGCAAGUCGAUUGUCUGCAGAGGGCAGUGUUGCAAUCUUUGAAAAUAGCAUUUUUGAUUGGAGCAAUAGUUUCUUUGAAAUAAAGAACAUGUGUCAAGAUGAAGAAAGGCUGACUACAAAAUGUGACGAACGCAAAAAGAUCCUGGAAAGUAUAAAGUCACGCAAAGAUAUGAUUCACAGAGAGAUUGCUCAUCUUAAGAAACAACACUUGAGCCAUAAUGUUUUUCUUAAGUCCAAAGUUACAGAUCAAAUGUUAAAGAAAGCACAGUGUAAAAUGAAAGAGGUUCUGUUCAUGGAGGCAGAGAGAGAGAGAUUGGCCGAAGAGCUAGCGCAACUGCAGCAGAAGAAGUCUGAGCUGGAGCAGCAGGUGGUCAGCCAUUCCGUGUUUCAUGACUUUUUGGACCAAGUGGUCAAACUAUCCAAGUGCAUUGUAGGCUCAAGUGAUGUCUGUGUAAUGCAGUUUGAAGAAGUGAGGGAGCAGGCGAAUCAUUUUGAGAGUCUUCUCCACUUCAGAGACCAGCUCUCUCAAAGAGACAAUAAUGAUCAGGACCGAAUCAACAAACUCAGGUCAGAACUUGUGACUCUAGAGGAUCAAAGUCACCUCAUGAUGACGCACAGGAGGAACCAGCUGUCCCAUUUGCAGAUUGAGUUAGAGAGAACUCGCUCAGAAGCUUUCAUAUGGGAACAGAAAUGGAACCACAUUGAAGAAACGGCUGCAAAGAAAACACUCCUUUUGGGGAAAAUAAAAAUGGCCAUUCUCAACCUGUAUGAAAUGAGUGGCCAGCCUUUGGACAGUUUAGGAAAUAGUGUAGACGAGAAUGACCCAGACACACAGCUAAAGAAGAUCCAGGAAUUUAUUCUGGACCAUAAUGACAUUGUGGAACAAAACCUAGCUAAAGAACAAAACAUGCCUGACAACUCACACAAGUGAGAACAGGCAGCCUUCAGCAUCUUUGCAAAUAUUCUGUACAAAAUUGAACUCAGCAAGCCUAAUUUUCAUAUGCAAAGAUCAAGCCAAACAGGUCCUUCAUGCUUCUCGAUCCACUCAGGCUGCUUUGCAGCUACAUCUUCAGAUUUCCAGUGUAGUCCUUUUUUUCAGGGCCUUUGUCUGGCCUGGUUUUUGACAGUGUUAGUCAGUUUUCACUUUUCAAGACCUCAUUUUUGACUGUUCAGUUAAGAAUGCUCUGACAGAGAUCACCUGAACUUGAACUGCUUUUGUACUUAUUAUUACCUAUUAAAAUGUUUUGUUUUCUCAAUAAA